ACAACAGAUCCCCUUCAAAUUCUUUGCCGACACUGGGCAACAUCAAAAUCCCCAAAAUUUUUCGUUCUCUUUGAUCUCAUUCGCCCUUUUCCGAGAAACCCUAAAAUGAAUCCAUCAAACCCAUCAACAAUCAACCAAAAUCACCAAAAUUAGUAGCCGGCACUGCAAGCAUCAAAAUCCCUAUAUUUUUUUCUUCUCUUCGAACUCAUUUGUCCUCCGAGUGAUGCAGCACGAGCCGAAGCUCAUGUUCAACACCUUGAAGCACCAUGUGGAUGAGUUUUGUGGGCCGGAACACAGCGAUUCUGGUAGUGAUGAUGGUCACGAAACGGCCAACGCUGCUCUAGGUAACAGCCUUGCUCGACCCUUUCACAACAUGCCGUAUCUGGUUUCCUGCUCUCUGACUGCCAUUAAUAAUAGUGGGUUUUAUUAUUGCAAUGAGGAUGAGUACAACGCCGCCGUCGAGUCUGGGGCCAUUGAGGACGAGCAGUGGUCUUAUUGCUGUACCUAAGAUAGCCGGUGCUACUUCCCAUGUGUUGCCUGCGUUCUCUUUUAUGUUUUAACUGUUAAUUUGGAAUUUUUAUUUUAUUUUUAUUAGGAUAAGCAAAAGAUGUUAGCAGAGCAAGGAAGCGUCUUUUGCAUUUUGUGGGAAAGAGAGGGGACUGAAGUAACCGAAUCCAUCCUUUGUAAAUUCGAGAUCUUAUUCCCUCUUUUCUUAGUAGACUUUCUCAGUUCUUAAUUAAAAAUUUCAUUUAUG